GCGACAAAGCUGUACAUAAAAUGGGCCACAGCGCGCGCGCGUACAAUUGACCGGUUUGAAAGUAUACGCAAAUCGUACGUACCUACUCUAUUCUCCGCAAUGUGCCUUGUUAUCCAGUUGUAUAGAACAAAUAAAACAGAUAAAAAAUGUGAUACUUGUGAUAGUCAGUCGUAAAACUUUAUGCGCUGAUUAUAAUAUCGACCAAUUAAUUUGUACAAAUUAUAUUUAAAACAAAUAUAUUUAAUAACAAUAACUACAUAGCUACACUUGUUCUAACUAAUAAAGCAAAAGCAAAAAAAAAACAAAUAAAAAAUAUGGAGGAGGAUCGUGCAAGCAUGCGCUCAGCGAGCAAUCCCAAUCCUCUCACUUCCGCCGCAAACAGUGCGCUCUGGAGUCUACAAGGUCACAGCUCUGGCCAUCCAGUUAACAGUUCACCUGCUGCGCUACCACAAAAUAUCUUCACAAAUCCUGCCAUACAACCAUCGAGCGUGAUAAACCUAUCGAAUUCGUCAGAUGUCGUUAUAGGGCCGAUGACCCAAUAUCAGGGUCCUGUUACGAUAUACCAGUAUAUGGAUGCUACGGUGGAAGCGCGCUCCAUGCAAGCGGGGGGAGGAAUCAAUCAAAACCGCACUACUGAAAAUACCUCCAUUUUACAAAAACUAUCAACGUCUUCCAAACUUUUAAUAUUGCUCAUUGUUGUGGUAGUAAUUGUAGCUGGAGUAAUUAUUUACAUUGAGAUAGAACAAAACAAUAGAAAGCCAGAUCCCGGACCCAUACUGUUCGGCAAUAGCUAUGAGCAUGGCACGUUUCCGAAUUUAGGAAAUGGACAUCUGGUGAUCGAUCGCGAUCAAUGGGGCGCCUCGGAGUUGGCUAAAAAUUUGAAAAUACCACUUAAACAUCCAAUACCAUAUGUACUCAUCACACACAUAGGCGUCCAGUCGAAACCAUGUGAAAAUGUAUACAGAUGCUCGAUUAAAAUGCGUACAAUACAAGACUCAGCAAUUGCGGAAAAAAAUCUACCCGACAUACAGGCGAAUUUUUAUGUCGGUGACGAUGGCAAUAUUUACGUGGGACGUGGUUGGGACUAUGCAAAUACGUAUGCAAACGACACCUUGGCUGUAACAUUUAUGGGCGAUUACGGACGUUAUGAACCAAACGAGAAGCAAUUGGAAGCGGCCCAAUAUCUUUUGGCACAUGCUGUUACCAAUAAAUAUAUUGACUUGGCCUAUAAAUUGGUGGCGCAAAAUCAGACCAAAGUCACAAAAAGUCCUGGCGCCAAUGUAUAUCGGCACAUUAAGACGUGGUAUCACUUUUAUCCUUGUGGUAUGGACGAUCAUCCGAGGUGCGGCGUAGAAUUGGGUUUGCCAGAUGUUUGGGAUGGCAAAAUGUAGCAACAUUUAUAUGACAAUUAUGUUAUUUACAUAGUAUUUAUGUAGAUAUAUAUGUAUAUGAGUAAGCAAUUAGAGAUACAUAAAUUUAAGUAAACAAAUAGAUUUAAUAUCGUUUUUUGGUUGUGAAAUAUUUUCCUUUAAAAAUUUAUUACUUGUUAUAUGUAUGCAAGUACAUAUGUAUGCAUGAAGAUAUACAUACUUUUUAUAUAUGCCCCUUAUUCUUUAUCACGCACACUAACGCAUACAUACAUAUACCUAUACACAUCUUUUUAUGUACAAAAUGUAUUUUGAAACACUGUAUCUGCUACAUAUAUACAUAUAAGCCAAUUAAGAAGUCACUGUUGAAUUAAAUAUAAUAUUCUAAUUCGUUUAAAAGAUCUUAAAU